AGAACUUCUGUGAAUUCUACUUGUAAGUUGUCUAUUGUGUGUUGUCACUUGUCACCUGAGAGCUGAAUUGAGAAUUCACAGAAUUUUGUAGAAAAAGAUGAAGUAAAUCAUUAAUCAUUUUAAAGUAUAAAAUAAUUCUCCAUAGUGUUUUAUGAUAAUGUGAUGUAAUGAAAUCAAUUACUGUAACAUUAAAGUUCCACUGUGUAUUACUGUGACAAAGUUAAAGAACGUGUAACGAUACUAUAUAAGAACAGCUUAACAAAAUGAUGCAAUUCAUGUUGCUGUUCAGCCGUCAAGGCAAGCUGCGUCUACAGAAGUGGUAUGUGGCACAUCCAGACAAGCUGAAGAAGAAGAUAACCCGAGAGCUCAUCACCACAGUGCUGGCGCGAAAGCCCAAGAUGUGCUCCUUCCUGGAGUGGAAGGAUGUCAAAGUUGUAUACAAAAGAUAUGCCUCGUUAUAUUUCUGCUGCGCCAUGGAGCAGGAGGACAAUGAGCUGCUCACCCUGGAACUCAUUCACAGAUAUGUGGAGCUGCUAGACAAGUAUUUUGGCAGUGUUUGCGAGCUGGACAUAAUCUUCAACUUUGAGAAAGCCUAUUUUAUCCUGGAUGAGCUUGUGCUGGGCGGAGAGCUGCAGGAGACCAGCAAGAAGAAUGUCCUCAAGGCCAUCGCUGCACAGGAUCUGCUGCAGGAGGACGAGGUCGUGGAGGCAAACCUGCGCGAGGUGGGCCUUCUCUGAGCCCAGCCCUCGACUGCCGUCUGCCGGGAGCAUUCAACGAGUCUGCGAAAUUACCUUAAUGUGUUAUUUAAUGCUAACGGUACCCUGCGGUAACUUAUGUUAUAUAUCUGUUUUAUUACGGCAGCCCCCAGUUACACGAUGAAGCCUGACUAACUGUAUGGUGUCUAUUGUAAGUCAAUAAUUAUUACAGUUGAAUUCAAGGAGGAUCGUAUAUAUAUCAUAUCAAAAGACACGCGUGAGAUACUGUAUUUUGAGUACAGCUGUAAGAUAAAAAUAUAAACCCGUAAAUUGAUUGCACAAACAAGUCUUAAAAAGUCAACUAGAAGACAAUAAAGGAUAUGGUGUGUUCGAUGUCCGUAAAUUGUAUCAUUUGAAAUUUGGUUGCCAAUCUUUUAGUUACAUUUUCAUCAUUCUUCGUGCGGCAAUGUUUUAUAUGCUGAUAGACAUAUAACAUAAGAUUGCAAGUGGGCAAUCCAAAAAAAAAAUUAAUUUAGUAUUGUUUUGCAAAUUCUUAUAUUUAAUCUGAAUAAUUGUUAUUUUAAUUGAGUUACUAAUGUGCCAAAUUGCACUAUUAUUAUUUAAAUGUCCGUCCUACUGUCGGUAUUUUGAUUUCUUAAUCAAAAUCUCGCUUUAAGAAUUAAUAUGCCAAAACUUACUUAUAUUUUAUUGAAUGUGGACCAAUUUUUAUCUUUAUUUAUACUAAAACUACU